CUCGAAACUUGAAGUUCGACCAACGACCAAUUUCAACACCUCGCCAACUUGCGAUCAUUAUCCCAUAAUUCGGAGGGCAAGAUGUCGACAUUCGAGCCUGUCGUUGUCAUUGACGGCAAGGGCCAUCUCCUCGGUCGUCUCGCCAGUACCGUCGCAAAGCAGCUCUUGAACGGCCAGAAGAUCGUCGUGGUCCGAUGCGAGGCUCUCAACAUCUCUGGCGAAUUCUUCCGUGCUAAGCUGAAGUACCAUGCCUACCUCCGCAAGAUCACCCGAUACAACCCUACUCGUGGUGGUCCCUUCCAUUUCCGCGCGCCAGCCCGUAUCUUCUACAAGACCGUCCGAGGCAUGAUCCCACACAAGACCGCCCGAGGCGCCGCCGCCAUGGAGAGACUGAAGGUUUUCGAGGGCAUUCCUCCCCCAUACGACAAGAAGCAGCGCAUGGUUGUGCCCCAGGCCCUGAGGGUGCUCAGAUUAAAGCCCGGCCGCAAGUACUGCACCGUCGGCCGGUUGGCGCACGAGGUGGGCUGGAAAUACCAGGAUGUUGUUGCUAGACUCGAGGAGAGAAGAAAGGUCAAGGGCCACGCAUACUACGAGAGAAAGAAGGUCGCCAGAAGACAACUCGCCGAGGCACAGAAGACAUCCAGCGAUUCCAAGACGAAAGAGAAGUUGGCCGCUUUGGGCUACUAGAUGCAUUCAAAUCCAGACUUUGUUCCUGCGGCUCACUUAUGAUCCAUCUCCGACUGGUAUUUUCCGUCGAAUAAGGUCGUACGUGAUUGGGGAAUGUCUCGACAGACCACGAAAAUCGAAUUAUGAGUUCAGUGGAGGGAAGAUGGUGCGCUAUGUGGUGUUGUUAAUCGACCAUGUUUUCACAUGCGGUCGGACCGGACAUGCUAAAUGCAAUCUCAAUUCUUGACCGUUGCGGCAGUCAGUCGUAUUCUGGUGCGCGGAAAAUAGAAUGCCACCAGGCAAGGGAGCCGUUAUGCAUGGGGAGUGACGGUGAUUCAGACAAAAAACAUAUCUGCCAAUAACGGUAUCUUGCCUUUUCUGGUUGGGAAAUAUGUGGCUUGAAAGUGCUUCAGCUACGUCCAGCAGUAAGCAGGAGACAAAAUGAUGAAAUCCGCCAAAAAAAGCCAACCGGUGUUCAGUUGUAAUUCAUGUGAAGUCUGC